AUGGACGAAGUGCUAUUUUAUGUAUCCGCUGGUGAUCAGUCAGACACAAAAAAGCCAGCAGAAUCAUUUGCCUACAUCUCAUCGAUCCAUUCAUCGAAACAGUAUGAGACGUUUAGACAUGCAGCCUCUCCACUUAAUGGUACUGCAAUUUCAGGUGUUGGGUUGGGCGAGCGUAUAUUUACAUCUGACAAUAAAAAGGCACUAGUUAACGUUUAUACAUAUGGUAAAGAGAGCAUCGAUCAGCGGAUUCCCAUCCCCGAGGCGUUAACAGCAUUGCACAUUAUCCACCAUCCAACUCUUCCUCACGGAGCAGAAGCGAAAGGAGAAGAAAUUGAAAAUUCAUUAGCUACCCACGACAAACCCAAUUACCGUGUACCUUGGUUGCUUUGUGGAGGAUCUAAACUGGGUAAAUUAUACAUCUGGGAAUUGGCAUCUGGCGAUCUUCUUUGCGUUAAGGAGGCCCAUUAUCAAGGUAUAACAAGGAUUGAUCUGAGUCUGUGUGGUACUUUCCUAGUUACUGGUGGUGAAGAUGCAAGAAUUAUGGUUUGGAACUUGGCCGAUCUCAUUGCUAUUUAUGGACAAGCGGGACUUAUCAAUGAGACGGAUUCAAGCAGUACUGUAAACCGAUCCGGUAAACCAUACUACAGUAUCACAGAUAACACUUUACCAAUCACAGAUUUUACUUUAAACCAAGUUGGCAAUCUCGCAGAUUUGAAAUUGUAUACCGCAUCUAAAGAUUCAACUGUGCGAAUUUAUGAUAUUACGACUAAGCAACAAUUGACUACAUUUAUCUUGCCGCAGCCGGUUACAUGUCUCGCUAGGGACCCCGCUAAUCGCCAGUUAUACGCUGGACUUGCCAAUGGACUCAUCAAGACCAUACCUCUUUAUAAGUUCAACCAACACACCUCGGUAUUGGAGGCUGUUGGAGGUCUUGACAGGAUCAUUACUGUGGACCAAGAAGAUCCAAAUAUGCUUUCUACUUUUGUUCAGCACGAGAACCACAAGGUGACAAAGCUCUGUGUAUCGAUGGAUGGGACCAAUUUGAUUUCAGGCGAUGACGCAGGACAAGUAUUUGUUUCUGAUAUUGCUACAAAGCAAACAAUCAAGAGUUUCCCCAGCUUGAAUUUUCCCAUCUCAGACUUGUAUGUUGAAACCGUGCCAGUGGACUUGUUGGUGAAUGAUAAGAUUAGGACGGACAAAAAACACCGCAUGAUGCCACCAUUGAAAAGAGUACUUGCCAGUGCGGAUCCUGUGGAUCACGUUUUAUUUAUGGAUAUUCCACAAGAAUCUGUGAAUACAAUCAUUUCCACAAAAGUGCACAAGGAUCUCGAUUGGUUAGAGAAAAAGAAAAUGGAGGAGUUGCUGUUUAAAAACUUGUCAGAUGUCAACUCUACAGUCAAGACAAUCGAUACUGGUGCAAAUGGGGGACACAAUCAGCAAAGCACAGCGAAUUUGGAGCUCAAACUCAGCAAGGUUUCAGAGGCAUACACUGAUUUAAGAAGCAAGCACGAGCAAUUGAUAAAGGAACAUGCAAAAUUAUUGGAUAAAUUGGCUGAAGGAAAAUAG